GUCGCUGCCCGCACUGUUUUGCCGCAGAGGGGCAAGACGGAGCUCCUCGCUGUCUGGAACUCGCCCGUCUUAUUUCACCGCUGGCCGCCCGUGCGAGAGGUUCAUCGGCAGCGGCGACGGAGCUGCUGUCCGUCGUCCCUCCGCCGGCUCCCCCCCCUCCCCCAUCCAGCCGAGCGCACGCACCGUCCGCAUCCAACUGGACGGGGCGGACAGCCGCAACUUUUGAUUUCUUUCCUUUCAUCGCCUGCCCUGGUCGUCCGGGGAUCAUCUCCGCAGUCACUGACGCCGUUUACUCCCGCGUGGACGGGAGAGAUGGACGGUUGAGUUCGCAGCUCGCCCGUCGGCCCGCCCGGCCAGCCGUCAUGGCCAAAAGUCCCGAGGUGAAACUGGCCGUCUUAGGUCGAGCGGGGGUGGGCAAGUCAGCGUUGGUGGUGAGGUUCCUGACGCGACGCUUCAUCUGGGAAUACGACCCCACGCUUGAGUCCACCUAUCGCCAUCAAGCCAAUAUUGACGAUGAGGUCGUCACCAUGGAGAUCCUAGACACGGCGGGCCAGGAGGACAACCAGCAGAGGGAAGGUCACGUGCGCUGGGGCGACGGCUUCGUGGUCGUGUACGACAUCACGGACCGAGGGAGCUUCGAGGACGUGGCGCCGCUGCGGAGUCUUCUCGAAGAAGUCAAGAAGCCCAAAAACGUGCCCCUGGUCCUGGUGGGCAACAAGCGCGACCUGGACCACGCGCGGCAGGUGACCACCGAAGAGGGCGAGCGCCUGGCCGCCGAAAUGGCCUGCGCCUUCUACGAGUGCUCGGCGUGCGCCGACGAGGGCGGCGUCGUGGCCGAGGCCUUCCACGAGCUGUGCCGCGAGGUGAGGCGGCGCAAGGCCGUGCAGGGCAAGGCCAGACGCCGCAGCUCCACCACGCACGUCAAGCAGGCCAUCAACAAGAUGCUGACCAAGAUCAGCAGCUAAGGGACGCUCACGGGAAUGCCGCUACAACACAAACAAUCACAGGAAAACCGACUCUCUGGUCUUGAUGGACCAUAAAGGACCACACUAGGUUCUCAUUUUUACCCCAACAUUCAAAUAGAUCGCGCCUCUAUCGCACACCCCCGAGAAAAUGUACAACAGACUUCGAUAAUUCCAUUUGUACGUAUAACCCAAUCGAACCCCAAGAGACAGGAAUGGACUCCUGUUGGAGAUAAUGUUGUCACCUAAUGGAUUUAUUCCGGGGAAUUGGCCAAAAGUGACAGUUCGUCCGUCACCAUUUCGCUAAUCGAGUGACCGCAUACUUGGGAUUGAGCGGUCACGACCGUAGUAGUUUGCGUUCUGUGACCUAUCUGUUGGAAUAUACCAUAAUCUACAAAUAUAUGUGUGCUUCAAAUGCUCUGUCAGCAAAGGUCGAUGAAAACUAAAUUGGACCGACAACCUAAAGAAGAACCGAGAAAAGUCCAAAGCCUCCCUCUUUCCCGUCACGAGGAAAACAGAAGGACGGAACGGCAGAGCGUCCUCGGGCGCCGCCACGAAGGGAAACGAUCAAAUUCCUGCUAACAUGUAUCGCAUCCUACACGUGUCGUCCUCACUUUCAACAUGUACUGCGUUCUCCGGUAUGUAAGCCUUAAGCACUGCUGCUGCGUCGUAGCCGACGCGUACGGUAAGGGAUACUGUAACCGCCGAAACGUAUUCAAGCCGUGUGUGUUUUUCCUGUAUGUGACUCGUCCGACUGAUGUGCACUUCAUUAAAAAGGAGACGCGAUUAUUUCGCUAACGUCGCCGCUCGUGCGGCCUGUGGGGAACUGGGCGGGGGUGGAAAAUGUCACAUUUCCAUUGCGGCACAUUCCGCUUCUUGUUUGAAUAAUUAGCCACACCGGAUGCGGUGCUAAUAGUCCCGUUUUGACAUUUUGUCGGAAAUAUGUUGUAAUUAGAAUUAUUUACAUGUCUGCGUGAGUAAAUGGCCAUUUUCACUCAUUAGUCUCAUUGCAGCUGGACCUUACAAACAGACCGGACCAAACUAGAACAAUAUCUGAUGCAAACUUCACACUAUUUGAUAUAUUAUGUACAACUAUAUGCUUAGUAUAGUAUAGUAUAAUAUAACCAAA